AUGUUAUCUGCUGCUUCUCGCAUUCAGGCUUCCUCGAAAGGGCUGCACGCCUGGCAGUACGGUUUUGUUUAUUCAGCAUACGAGAUAACCAUGUUACUCGGUUCCUUCGUCACACCCAAACUGUUGGAAUUGACCUCGGCGAGAACAUGCUACUUGGUAGCCCUUGGCGUUUAUUUUCUUUUCACGAUUUUUAUGGGAAGCGUGUACUGGAUUGCUGACGGGACGGCACUGCUUGGGAUAUGUAUUUUUCUUUUCGCUAUCGGUGGCUUCACGGAAAUUGUCUUGACAGUUGUGUUGUUUGCUGACAUCACUAAUCAUUUCAAGGAAAAGAGUGGUGUAAUGAUCUCGUUUAUAGAUUUAAUCUGGGUAGCUGCAAAUUUGAUCGGGUCAAGCCUCGGUGGAAUACUAAUUGACUGGUGGGCAUAUCCGCUGCCAUUCUCCGUGUUCAGCGCAACUCUUGUGCUUGCUUUCCUUUUUCUUGUCAAGUUUCGUUUUCAAGAGGACCUGCCAAACGAAACCUCCAACGUAACCAACACAGAGGAAAGUCCGUUUACUAGUUGCUGGAAACUUCUCCUUGACCGCCUUUUCCUACCCGAUCUGGUGACGAUUAUGAUGUGUUGGGCUAUCACGGGUUUCAACGAAACAACCUUGGAGCCCAGUCUUCGAACGUUUGGGUUGAGCCGUACUGAAAUUGGAAAGCUGUACGCGGUGCAAUAUGCGUCUUCCAUGAUUGGAAGCGUCGUGGCUGGAAUCUCUUGCUAUUUUCAGGUGGAGACAUUUUUUUGUUUCGUCGGACAAAUUUUUGCAGCGCUUGCGUACCUUUUGGUGGGGCCUGCGCCAUUCAUCCCCUAUGAACGGGCACUUUGGAUGAUCUACCUGGCACAAGCCUUCAUUGGACUGGCGAUGUCACUGAUAAUGACUUGCGCGUAUUGCCACGCACUGAAAGUAGUCACGUUGCGAGGCUGCCCGGAUACCAUUCAAACCAAGGGAUUUGUGAGCAGCAGCCUCAUGGUAGCCAUGAUGAUAGGCGGCUUGGUUUCGCCACCUCUCGCCGGUUACAUCGUCGAGCAAGUGGGGUACAGAACCGGAACAAUGGCCCUUUUCGGUCUUUUUGCCGGCUGGAUACCUGUGACCUUUGCACUGUGGGUGCAUUCUUUGUAUUGGCCAGGCAAGCAUAAAGCGUCCUCUAUCAACUCGCAUUCCAGAGUUCCUGCCGAAGCCGAUGCCUAA